GAUUGGAAGAUGGACAUGUUACAAUUUUGGAACAGGCGCCAUCCUAAAUAUUUCACAAUUGCCCAUCACUUCCUGGCAUGUGUAGGAGGAUACGCCCCUCCACAAAUAAGGCAUCACCUCAUGUGGAACAGGGUUGCGAACUUGAACGGGAAACCAGGUGGCAACAUUGGUCUGGACCUGUGUAAUGAACACAUUAAUCGGGACUUCAAAGAACUGCUGGCCAACUCCAACGGCAACUACACUCCUCAGACAGUGAAGAGAUGUUCACAGAUGUCCGGACCCUAUGGCCGAACACUCGACGACGGAUUCACAGAUGUUGGCCUCGUGGACAUGAGAACUCCGAAUCGUAAGCGCCGGCCAAAUCUCUACAAAGCCGACGUGAGCCGGUUCGUGACAGAAUAUAGCAGCGACUCACUCUGCGACUACAUUCCUGGGCGAGAGCACGAUGCUUUCCCUAACUUUGAAGCACCCAACCAACUGUUCUCUCCAGUAAGGCUUGGUAGGAAACUGUACAAAUUCUCACAUGCCAUGGAUUCAUGGCGUCAAAUUAAAAAUGUAUAACCUACCUGGCAUCUGUGGCUGUUCCAGCAACUUCUUGUCACAUAUACAGCAGCAGGAGUUUGGCUUAGAGCAGUUUUGCAGUGCAUUAUUGUCCAUGCCAGGAGUGAAGAGGAACUGCAAAAUUCCUUUGCGAAGGCAUGUUUCAUCAGCCUGUGCAGACAGCAAUAACAUGCGCAUAGGCUCGUCAACUCGCCUCUUGUCUAUGGAACCUGGGUAAAUGUACAUAAUAGCACGUCCAGGUCUACCAUCGCGCGCACACCUGCCCACUUCCUGCCAAUACGUCAUUAUGCCAGCUGAUGGGCCCCAGUGAAUGACAAUGUCAAUGUUGGAAAUGUUGAUUCCCAUGCCGAAGGCGAUGGUCGCCACAACACAUCAUAGAGCAGACUGUGCAUCCACAACACUGCUGGCGAUACGGGUGUGGCUGUCUGCAUCCGUUGAGGAGUGAUACAUCUCCACCACUCUGCUGUGAACAUCACGCGUGCUGCUUGAAUAGGCAGCAGACCCAAGCUCUAGCAUCAGCCAGUGAUAGAUGGAAGCAACAUGGUCCACUUGUCUGCAAAUAGCGAAUAAGCCUUUUGUAGCCACUCAUUAGUAACGUUUGUAAUGACUAUGCUAAAAAGUGUAUUUGAAAAUGUAUGUUUAUAUUGACUGAUCCCAUUUGAGGUGUACUUGUAGCCUUCAGCCUCACUUUUGUAAAUACGUACUACUUCACAAUUUAUUACUCCUACUUAGAGUAAUAGAAAAAUACCUUGCAUAAAUGAGGGCUUUUGUUGCCAGGCUGCCUUUGGCUUUGAUUUCGGAUACAUACCAUCCGAGCGCUUUAUCAAAGGCUUUACUCGGCAGAGUUUUCACUGUUAAGUGAAUGUUUGGUCUGUGUACAGAAUAUUUCUAAGGUAUUUUUCAAAAUCAAUGUAUAUUUCAAAAUCAGAAAUGUUAUAUACACUAUGUGUACUUAUAUACAACUAUGUACAUUUAGUAUCAGUGUCAUUGGUGUAAAAAAAAUUCAAUUAAGUAUUGUGAGCAUUGUGUAUGUACCUAUCAGGAAGACGUGCGACCUUUAGAACGGCGUCUUCUUUCAAGUGCAUGGCGCCGAUUAUUGCCGUGACCAUUUCAGAGGUCGCUGUCGCAGUGAGCAUCAUCACAGGUGUACUCGCCAAGCGACAUCUGAGCUCUACUAUCUUCAGAUAUUGCUCUCUGAAGGUCCCGCCCCUAAUUUAGACAUUUUCAACAACAAAAAAUUAGUUUUUUAUUUAAAUUCACAAAGAUGUAAGCGGUGAUGGCACCAUGCAUUACAUUGUAAUUUACUCCAUACACUCCAUGAAAUAUAAUCGUGGCUGUAUGCUCCACAUAGUAACGCUUCUAUUGCAUGCUCACCAUUUAGCGAGACAGUGGGCCUCAUCAAUGCAAAGCAAGGUGAUGCUGUUCUUAGAAAGCCGGACCCACUCCCACCAUAUCGGUGUCAUUAUGGCUUCUGGUGACGAGUAAACGAUUUUGCAUACUCCUUUGUGGAGGUCUGUAAAAAAAUGAUUGUACAUUUUUUGUUUCAUUUAGUGUAGCUCUAGUAACUAUAGCCCGCGUACAGUUGU